AUGGAUCUGCCUUUUCAUGCCCCCAUCUCACGGUGUCAUCCAAAUUGCCUACGAGCAUUGAAUGCCCAAGAAGAUUACGAUGCAUCUCAAAGAGCAGCAAUGUUAGCGGUUGAUCUAAUCAGCUCUGCUCGGGUGGUCUUCAAGGUGGACAGAGAGUACACUGAGUACUCAGCACAGUACUUGGUGGACAACGCUGGGCCCAAGAAGGAAUCCGGGCAGGGAGAGUGGGAACAAGGACGCGGGAUCACGAUGAAUGACCUGGUUGAGUACCUGAGGGACAUUGCCAUUCCAAACCAGGAGGGAGAAUUGGAUCAAGAACGCCCCGUGCUAACUGUGAAGGACUGCCUCGAGUGUGCAUUCAGAGAUGGAUUACCGAGAAAAGGGCAUUGGGGACAUGUGGGAUGUGUCUCCAAGGUCCCUCCAUUCGCUUCUCUCAUUCCUCGUGUCCCCAUGAAAGGAAAAGUGCUUGAGGCUGAGACAUGGGAAGGAGGAGUUGCGUUGUUGGAGAAGCAGCCGGUGGGAGCUAAACUGCACGUGUUCAGUCCGGAGAUCGAUCUCGUUGAUGAAGGAGAGGGAGUCUACGAUGGCCCGGCAGGUCCUGGAUCGACCUACGUUGGACUCAGGGAUGUGAUGAUCACUGGAUAUGGGAAGAAGGUUGCGGAAUUGAGGAUCUGCUACAAGAAGAAGUCUAAGUUCAUCAAAGUGUCUCUAGAGCGUGUUCUUACCUCACUUCCCAAGGAUGGAGAAGAGCCUCAGGUGAUAGAGCCAACGGGUCUCCUUGUCGACUUCAUUGUCCCACGCUUCAAGAAAAGAAGAGCUUAG